AUGGCUACUUUUAAACAAGCUCGUGACUUGCUGUUAGUCAGUUAUUACCACAAGCACAUUACGGCCGAACAAUUAUUCGUAUUGCUGGAAGAAAAUACAUUGCACAACCCGGAGUUCAACUACGGGCAGUACGAGAGAUUUGAUCUGGAAAGUAUCCUUGAACCUGAGUGUCGAUCAAAUUUUAGAUUUGAUAAAGCAGAUAUUCCUGUUUUGGCAGAUGUGCUUGGCUUACCAGAGACGUUCCAUUGCGAUCAAGGAACAGUAGCAAGAAAACUCGAGGCCAUAUGUAUACUUUUAAGGCGUUUAGCUUUUCCAUGUCGGUAUGCGGACAUGAUACAAUUGUUUGGCCGGCCGGUACCAGAGUUAUGUAUGAUAACAAACAAGAUUUUGGAUUUUAUAUAUGAACGCCAUGGACACAGACUAACCGAAUGGAACGAAAACCUCAUGAACCCGGAAAAUCUCCAGAUUUAUGCCGAUACGGUUUACCGGAAAGGUGCAGCGCUCUCUAAUUGCUUCGGGUUUGUUGAUGGCACGGUCAGACCUAUAUGCAGACCCAUCGCACUUCAGCGUUUUGUGUACAAUGGCCAUAAACGGACUCAUGCCAUUAAAUUCCAGUCUGUUACAUUGCCAAAUGGAAUAAUUGCUAAUAUGUUUGGCCCAGUUGAGGGUAAAAAACAUGAUGCUGGAAUGUUGGCGGAUUCUGGCCUACUGAACGACCUGGAAAAUCAUGCUUUUUCUGCUGAUGGAGAGCCAAUGUGCAUAUACGGAGACCCUGCAUACCCUUUACGGGUCCACCUUCAGGCCCCAUUUCGUGGUGCAGUGAUGACGCCUGCCAUGGAAGAAUUCAAUCGAUCAAUGAGCACUGUUCGGGUAUCAGUGGAAUGGGCAUUUGGUGAAGUAGUGCGGUCAUUUAAGUGUCUCGACUUCAAAAGCAAUUUGAAGCUUGGCUUAAGUUGUGUGGGCAAGAUGUAUCUUGUUUCUGCAAUAAUACAGAAUGCCCUUUCAUGCCUGUAUGGCAACAUUACAUCAACAUUUUUUGAUUUAAAUCCCCCAACUAUUCAAGAAUACUUUUCUUAA